AUGGGAAGAAUAAUUGAGGGCAAUACCGUAUACACCUCGAUGCUAACAAAAAGCAAUCAUCUACCAAGUCUGGCCGCGAAACAAAGAGUUUCAAGUAAUUUGUACAAGAUGGAUCUGACCCAAAUAUCUACACAAGAUAGAGAUAUAGAAAACAAGGCUGCUGAUGCUGCUUGUACAAGAUUUGUAUCUCCUCAAGCAUUACACCAACUUAACUUACAGCAUUUUUGCAUGCUCGGCACAGAGACUCCAUUGUCCGCAUGUCCCAAGAACGACUGCAGCAAAAAUUGGCCAAAGCCUUUGAACAGCAUCGGCAACAGCUUCUGGAUGAUUUACAUGUCUGACAAU